GUCUGAUAUGAGAACUGACAAUGCGGAAAGUGUUAAAAUUUGUUAAAGGCAAACGAGAAGACAAAAAGGAACAUGGAUCUUCAAGCAGAUCGAGUGGGCCCUUUGCUGAUCAUCUAAGCGCAGUUGAUCAGUUAACCCCUACAGAUGACCAUUGUACUGGACUUGAACAAGGCUUCGGAUAUUAUGUUGAUCUCAGUGGAAAGGAUAAAACAAUUACAAAACUUCACAAAGCUGCAUGGCAAGGAAAUUUGGAAAAGCUGAAAGUUAACAUGAAGAAGAUUGAUAUGAAUGUUGCCGACAGGCUGAAUAGAACUCCAUUGCAUUUUGCAGCAGCACAGGGACACGCAAAUAUAGUAUGGUUUCUUUUGGGAAACAAAGCAAAUUUCAAUAUUUGUGACAAUGAAGGGAAAACUCCAUUUCUGAAAGCAGUUGAAUGUGGACAUAAAGAAACCAUACAAAUCAUGCUGGAAAGAGGAGUAGAUAUCAACACCAUUGACUAUAGUGGCAAUUCUGGUCUACAUAUUGCAGCAAAACAGGGCUUCUAUGAAAUCACUUCCACAUUAUUGAAACAAGGAGCAAAUUUUGAAAGUUCAAAUAAUUUUGGUGAGUUUCCCCUUCACAUUGCUACAAAAGCUGAACAUAAGGACCUAGUUGAACUGCUGCUAAGAUAUGGUUCAUCUGUUAAUAUUGUUGAUAGAGACAAUCGAUCUCCACUCAUGUUUGCUGCUAAGUGUGGAAGCAUGGCUUUGGUACAGUUAUUUCUAGAGUAUGGAGCUCAGCGUGGGGUUAUGGAUUCAAAUGAUUGGACAGCAGAAGAUUAUGCACUGAUGGGUGGGCACCAAGACAUAGCUGCUGAAUUGAAAUCUCCAUCAGAAAGGAUGGUUAUGUCUUUCACUGAAAAAAGUAUAGAAUCUCAAAGUCGCAAUAGUGGUAUAGCACCUUCGAAACGGUCAGUCUCAGAUGCAUCUCUUCCCCCUGAUCAGCAGGAACAUGAGAAAGAGGAUACAAAUUCUGCUGAAAAACAGAAUGAAGAAGCUGACAAUAGUGAUACAUGGAAUGACAGUCAGCUGUCAGAUUGCAGUUUGAAACAGAAGGGUGCAGGUCUGAAAUUGACAAAAUUUCUUCCACCUUCCUCUGAUGAUGAAAUUAGUGAAGAAAGCAUUCACAGCCCUAGAGUACAAGAAAUGAAAGAUGAAGAAAUCCAGGAUUCUCCUCGAUCUUGUGUCAUACCUCCUCCUUGCAAGCCACCUAGAAGUUGGGAUCUUAUCCAGUCUGGAGUGAUAGAUGACCCAAAGGUUCUGGAGCCUCGUCGACGCAGUCUUUUACCGCUGGGUUCUCUAAAAUCAAGACGUGAAAGCUUCAAUGAGUCCCCCAGUGCUGCUGAAUCCCCAAGCUUCCAUGGUGAUAAUCUUCAUAGAGAGCAAAGUGAUGCUGAUCAGUGGCAUGGUAGUCAGAGUUUUAGAAAAAGUGAUGACAGACAAGACGCACUGACCCGUCAUUUAAAUUUAUCAGAAAAUGAAGAAAAUAGAGACAGUCCAUCUACAAAGUAUGAAGGCAUUCAGGUGAAGGAGAACAACUCACAACUACAUAAAGAAAAGAAGGAAAGCUCUCCUUUGGUUGGUGCAGGAGGAGGUGGUAUGUUGGAUGACAUCAGAUCUAGCAAGGAAAGUUUGAAGGGAUCGAGCUCCAAUAGCGACUGGGAUAGUGAUGAUAGUUUGCCGCUGGAUAACUAUUCUGUUGCAAAUGUAACUAUAAGUCCAGCAGAUACUAGUGAUUCUCCUUUGAAAGUUUUUAGAGUCAUUAAUCCAAGUGAGCUUGAUGUACCUGAUGUUACUGAUGACACUAAAGAUGGCUCCCCAUACUCUUUGAAUGCUGAGAAGAAGAGCCGAUUUCUGACAAGAGCUCCCUCAAUUGACUUGACAGACGAUGAUGCAGAAACUGGAAAGCGUAAGCUUGGUCACAGUCCCGAAGCCUCUGAACUGGAAAGGCACGAUGAAAUAGAUGUAAAUUGUUCAAUUUCAGGUACUCUUGGGAGAGAUGGAACAUUAUUAGGCUAUGAAGAAGUAUGGGAAUCAAAUGCACAUAUCCAAAAAAGCAAUGUUACUUUUUCUGGUCCAUCUUUGAGUGCAGGCGAUACCCACAUCUCUAUUAAGGAAGAAUUUGAAGAAACAUUGGUUUGGAGUUCACCUCAGAUUGAAGGAAAUAAUAAAGGAUUGGCUUGCCUCGAGCAUUCAAAAGAAGUAUCUGAAAACUGGAACAUUCCUGAAGACACUCUUCUGUACUCGUCACCUCGAUUUGAUAAAGCCAAAAGUAUUGCUGUUUCAGAAAAUGAUGUUUAUAUGGAAGGAGCCAAAAAACAGACUUCCAUGGAUGAUGCUGAUAGAAGAAAUGGUGGUCUAAAGUUAGAAUCACGUUCUUUGGAUGCGCUUGAACCAGAGAAAUUUGUGCCAGAUGCAAGGAUACCCCGCACAAAGAAACAUGCCCGUCAGCAGUCCAUUUCAUUGCAGUCAUGGAGUAGAAGUGAGGAGAUGCAUGAGAAUCCACCAUCUGCAGCAAAUAUUGAUAGGAUGAUUGAAGAGAACCAGCGUAUCAAUGCACAGCUCAGGUGUUAUGAUGAAGCAUUGCGAGAUCUUGCUCACGUGUCUGUGGUAAGGAAGCAAAGCUCAUUGUCUCUUCCUCGUGCAAAAGAGACAUCUGGCUUGACAAGAUCUCAGUCAGCAGGAUCAAGAAAUGAAGGUUUUAUCUCACUGCCAUCAGCAAACGAUUUUGGUCCAAGGGAAAUGGCACAGUCAGCAAUUGUAAAGAAACAGGGGUCCUUGUCUUUACCUAGAACAAGUGAAAUACCAGAUUUUACCAUGGUUCAAUCAUUAGGACCCAAAAAGCAAGGACACUCAUCUCUUCCUUGUACAAAUGAAUUUGGUACAAGGGAAAUGGCACAGACUGCUAUUGUAAAACGCCAGGGUUCUUUGUCUUUGCCAAGAAGAUGUGAGAUACCAGACUUUGCUUCUGCAGCAAAUGAAGAAUAUUUGUCUCUUCCACGUUCAAAUGAACUGAUAGAUGAGGCAUUUAAAGAAAUAGGUCAGUCAUCUGUUACUAUGAAGAGGGGAUCACAUUCCCUGCCUCGUUCGAUUGAUGCAAAAUUGAUAUCUUUGGGUGCAGAUCCUGUCCCUCCUCCAAGACAUAAAAAGCCUUCCCAUCGGAGGAGGCGAGCUGAAAGUGAAGGAGAAGCUUCUGACAGGGCCUUGAAAGAUUCUGUUGGAAGAUCACGUUCAUUUGAUGUUAAAACACAAUCAUCCAUUGGAACAGAACCAAUUGCUGCCGUUGUAAAAUCACCAGUAGAAAGUGAGGUAACAACAGAAAGCAUAGGUAGCCCAAACAGAGAUGAGAAACCACGUUCAGAGAGUAUGUCUAGUAAUGGUAGUGUGAAAGAAGGAAGUCUGGAAAAGCCAAUUAGGAAGAAAAGAAAAAUGCUUUUAGCAAUGAGAGGUUUCUUAGGACAAAAUCUUAAAAAUUUAAAUGGCAGUACUGUAAGUGAAUUAUCAGUGGAGGAUUCCUUCGAUGAACAUCCAUUCUUGAUGAAUACAGAUAAAAGUGGACCAUUGGAACGACAGGUAACUGUUAUUGAGAGGCCAGGUUUCUCUCUCAAAGGAGAUAACUCCAUGAUGUUAAGUCCAGUGAGGUUAGAAGUACUGGCAAAGCAAGAGUUACAGCAGCAGUCACCAGUGAAAGAAAAUACUGAGAUCAUCCAUGAUACACAGACAUCUAGUUCUUUACCUGAAGAAGUUCCUCUGCAUGUAGAAACUGCAAGUGACAAUGAAAGAGAUGAGCAGAUUUUGCCAGACACGCUGCAGAAAGCAAGUCCAGAAACCCUGAGGGACUCGCAAAGUGAUGAUGCGGAAAGUGGGCUUUCAUACAGUGAUAAUACUCCACAGCAUGUCUACACGCAGAAGGGGCAUCAUAAUCUGCUGAAGCAACACCUUCAGAAGGCAACAGCAGAGAAAGCACGGUUGGAAGAAAAUGCUGCAGAAUUGGGGGAGAAAGCUGAGAAGCUCAAGUAUGAAUUGGCAGAGGCACAUGAAGCAACUCGUAGUCGUGAUGAGGUAAUAGCAUUGCUUGAGGACCAGUUAAACCAUUUGGAAACAAUGUAUACAAAGUCCCUAGAAGAAUCACACAAGUACAAAUUACGUUUGGGUAAUUUGGAACAGGAAUUGAAGCACCUUAAAGAAGUGUGUUGCAAGCAUGAGGAUGAAAAGGCUCAUUUAACUGAAAUAAUUAGACUGAAAGAACUGGGAAAUAAUAAUUUUGAUAAAUCAUUGACAUCAAAGGAUGAAGAGAAGAAGAUGCGAGUUACUGGUGAGGAAGCGCCUGAACAGAAGCAUCAGGAAUUGGAGAGCGUUAUGAAUUAUUUAGAAAUGGAAAAGAACAAAUUAAAGGAAGAAGUACAUAAACUGGAGACAAAGAAUGGAGACCUCAUGCAGAAACUGGAUGCAGUUAUUACUAGAAAUCAAAUUCUAAGUGAAGAAAAGGCCGCCAAAAAUUCUCUUGACAUAACAACACUGCAAGAGCAUUCAGAGAAGUGGAAACAACUACAUGAAACAUGCAUAGAAAAACUUCAGAUGAUGGGUUCAUGCAGACCUUCAGUUGACAGUGAAGCUCAGAUCAGUAACACUUCACAAGAAUACUUUAGUCAUGAAGUGCAAAAAAUUAUUCUUACAAUUGAGGAAGCAAAAGAAAAAGAUUAUGUUAUUUGGCACAAUAAAAUUCAGGAAGAUGUUUUAAAUGCCAUUCAUCUACUAAAUGCAGAGUAUUCAAGAGCUGAAUUAUCGCUGUUGAAACAUAAUGAACAACUUGAGUUGGUUAUAAAUAAGCUGCUGGAAGACUUACCAGAUCCCUUCUCAAAACAGGCCCCUCAUGAUGAGUCCAGUAAAGAGACUGGUAGCACAUACACAACACUGAAACUGUUGGAAGAACUUAUGUUGCUCAACAGUGAACUUGAGGAUCAGUGUCGGCAACUCAGGAUACAACUUGAGCACCAACAAGAAGAGUUGAGGAGGAAGUUGGAGACAAUGAGACCAAGUUCAGAUACAUGUUCAAGGGAGUCAUCAAAGACAGAGGAAGAGCUGCGAGAAGAGAAUAUACUGUUGAAACAACAGAUAACAAGUUUCCUGAGUCAGAGUCCACAAAACUUGAGAGAAUUAUGGUGUGAGCUAAAGCAUGAAAAUGCUAAGUUGAAAGAACAAAUAGGUAUACUUUUAAAGAAGACUGAACCUGAAGAAGGGAUAGAAAUUGUAACAGAAACAAAGCAGAGAGAUGGCAGACAUGCAGUAAAUGUUAAGAAACAGAUGGCAGAACUGCAGGCUCAGAUGAAGACGUCAGUGUGCUAUUGUGAUAAAGGGGUAAUGACAAACUUAACCAUGUUUGCACCUUUGAAGAAAAUCAAGCUAAAUGAAGAAGAUGAACUUAAACAUACAAUAGAGAGAAAUACACAAGAACAGGAAACAGUGACUAGUCCCAUAAUAUGGGAACAGAAUCCAAACUGUGCCCAAGUAUUGUUGCUUGAAUUGAGGAAUGAAAAUGUUAGGUUGCAAAGACAAAUAGAUUUACUUUUGGAACACAUCAGAGACCAAGAAGACAUGAUACAUAAAGAAACCAUGACAGAAACUGACAUAGGGACUAUACAGGCAUCUGACCAAUUGCUUAUGGAAAAUUUGCAAUUAAAACAGCAAAUAAUUUUACUUACAGAGAAAGUAAAACAAAACAGUGUGACAGGACAAGACACAGUGCCUGAACUCAUAGCCUGUGGAUGCCCAGAACAGUACAGUGACCUGCUGAAUAAGUUGAAAAUUGAGAAUCAGAAGCUGAAAGAGCAAGUGGAUGUAUUUGACUUGCAUUUGAAAGGGAAAGAGGCUGUGGAAGAUAGGGGCACUAUGACUGAUCCCCUGGAAUGUAAAGAGGAACAGAAAUGUAAGGAUGAGGACACUAAACUUGAACCAGAUCUGAUGUUACUUCAGAGUAAGUGUAGGCAACAGAAUAAGGAAUUUAGAGAUGGAAGGGCAGAUUUUGGAGUAGUGUUAGAAGAGGAUGAGAGUUGUGAAUGUGGGCCUACCUGCAACAGUUCAAAAAUUAAUACAGUAGUGUCAGAUGGGCACUGUUCACAUAAAGCAUUACUAGAUGAUCAGAAUAUGAAAGAGAUUUUUAAUGAAAAAUCGACAGACCAAAAAGUAGAGGUUGUAGAGAAGCUCUUAACAGAAAACAGGGAAUUAAAUUUACAAUUAGAAGCUGUGAAACUUGAACUGGAGGAGUUUCACACUAAAACAAUGAUGCAUGAAGUACAGCCUCUUAAAACAGAAAUUCAUUCUGUGCAGACAAUGACAGAUCCAGAUACUGAGUUGGUGCGUGUAUCUAUGGAGAAUGCUUCCCUGCAGGCCCAGUUGCAGCAAGUAUCCAAAGAAUGUAAAAAGAGAAAAGAGGACUUGGAAAGAACAUUAAUACUGUUGAGAGAAUCAAGAGAAUCUUCCAGCAUCCUUCUAAAAGAGGCUCAGGAUACAAAUGCAUAUGAGAGUACUUUGCUGAAGAAAGAACUGGAAGAAGUGAAGAGAAAGGUUAAGCAUCAAGAGCAAGAAAUGGUUAAAAGCAGAAUAAGCACUAUUGAAGAACAUCAGCAAACAAAAAUCACAGAAUUAUGCAACUUAUUAGAUCACCUGAGGAAGGAAAAUGCUGAUCUACAAGCACAGAUAAAGAGAAUGUUAAUUGACAAGGCUAUGGAUAUGGAUGUUCCAUAUGGAUGUCAGAAUCUCCAGCAAAAUCAUGGAACUUCAAGAAAUCUCUCAGUAGUGGCAAAUAAAAAUCUGGACUCAUUAGCCCAUCUGCUUUCUGAGGGCUGCUCAGUGUCAUUAGAAGAAGCACAACAUAGAACUCAAGGCAUAAAGGCAGAUAAUGUUGAGACUGUAGAUUUGGCCAUGCAAGCACAGGGUGACAAUGUGUUCGCUGUGACUGGUGGUCCUACAGCAAAUCCAAAGGAACCCAAGUCCUCAGUUAGGACAAAUGAUAGGAGGGAAAAUGAACCGAAUUUCAGUAAUAUUUCUUUACUGAACAAAGAGAAACAAAAUUCUCCAAGUGCUGAAAAUAAAUCCCGAAUUCUAAUAAAUGCCAACAGAAGAAAACAAGAAUUACAAAAUACUAAUUCAGCAAAAUCACAGCUCAGCAGGUACCCUGGACCUUCAGUGCAUAUUACAGGCAUAGGAAAUAAGACAGACAAAGCAGAUUGUUAUGCAUUGACAGAAAAUUCUCAAAGUCCCAGUCUUUUCACAAAUAAGAAAAUAAGAUCAGAAGAUGGACCAUCAGAAUCUUAUAAGGAACAAGCACAAGGAGACUGUGCCUCAAAGCUAUCUGUUAUGUCAGUUCAUGGGUCUGGAAGCAUUGCAAACUAUCAGCAAAUAUACAAAGAUAACAAUAGCUCUAGUUCUGAAGUGUUCUUGGACAUGGCAUGUUGCCAGAACCAAAUGCCGUGUGGCCUGUCGAAUGAAAGUACUUCAGACCUGGGAUCAGUAAGUCAAGAGCCAGCCUGCAGAGCAAAUUAUCGACAGUGCAGGGAUGCAGCAACAAAUACAACACCCUCAAUACAAAAUGUUGAACUGCAAAGGGAACUACAACUGGAAAAGGAUAAAUGUAGGAAGUAUCAGCAAAACGUAAAGAAAUUAAAAUCUGAUAUACAGUUGCUGAAGAACAAACUGGGGGAAAGUAGGAAACAGGGAAAAAUAGAGUCAAACAUGGUCUUGAAACAAAAUAACACUGAUAAUAAUAAUUCAUUACUGACUGGUAUACAAAGUCCUUCACAUUAUGAUCCAAACAUAUCUGAGUUCCAGAGGCAGGUGGCUGAACUGGAACACAAAGUGCAAGAAGAAAAUUCAAUGAGAUUUUCUCUAGAAGUUCAAAUAAACAAAAUGAGAUAUGAACUUCAGGAGAAGUUGCAACUGGAGAAGGAGCUCAAUAUUCUACACAGUCGCCUUGAAAAGGAUUUUGUGUCACGUUAUGAGCUGGAGAAAUUGAGAAAUAGUUAUGAAGUGGCCCUAAGUCAUGCAAAAUAUGAGGCAGAAGUAGCAGCCCGUGAUGAUCUCAACGAAAAAUUGUGCCAAAUCAGUACAUUCAUAGAAAAACAGGUUCAAGAACAAACACGUCUUAGUCAGUUAAGGAACACGACUGAAGCCCACAUGAAACAAGAUUUUCAAGAGACAAGACUUAAACUUCUCUCAGAGUUGGCUAAAGUUCAAGCCUCAUUACAGUCCAAAGGAGAGGAAGAGAAAGAAUUGAGAGAGAAGUGUGAAAAGUUAACAAGGGAAUGUGAGAAGAAACAUGAAAUUAGGAAGAAAAAACUUAUAGAGAAAUCAUACAAUGUAAAUCUUGCCCCAAAUUCCAAUUUGAAAGAGAAGGAGCUAAAUUCUAAAGGCAUGCUGGAUAUAAGGUCACCUGUGCACCAGUCUGGUCCAGUACAGGCUGUGAUAAAUCCCAUUUCCAGUCCAGCAGUUGCAGUGACAGCCCAUGUAGCUGAUGCUUGGCAAACUGAGCAUCCUUUCAGUCAUAUUUUGCGCCGGGAACUUGAGAGGAGCAUCCGUAAACAUACACGUACUGAUUCCCUUUCAGAGCACCCAUCUAGCAGCUGUCCUCAGGCUGCAUCAGAAGAACAUUUGGAACUCCUGAAAAAGAAGUACUUCCUUCACUAAUUGGAAUCCAGCUAACAGCUUUGGCUAAUUUGUUAACAAUGUUACAAAUUUAAAAUUCAAUCUUUACCUUUUACUGUAUGCCAAAAAACAUGUAUAUGUAUACCUAUGAAAUCAAUUUUCUGUAGAUUCAUAGCUGUCUUCCACAAUACUGCUUCCAGUGUUAUUUUUACUGUUGAACAUUUUACCAUUUUGGUUAGGCACGUGCGAGAAUUAAUUUUUCACUUCAAUAAAAGAUCAAGACAAGAAUUUGGAAAAUCUUGGGGAAUUGAGAAAAGAAUGAGAACUUUCUGCUGUGGACCAGUUUUUUCACGGCAAUAAUUUAUAACAAAAGCAACCUUUUGAACUGUACAGUAAAGUGUACUGCCAUGUUUACUUGAGUGACAAUUCUGAAUGCAAGAUGAUCCUGCACUAGGAAACAUGUCUGCACAUUAAAAGUAAUUUUAUGAAUUAAUUUCAUAAUCUUAGUACAAAGAUGUGAAAGAAAACAAGUAUUAGGAAAAAUGUUAUAUAUGAAAUUUAUCGAGUCAAUUUCCUUCUUUAAGUCACUAGCCUUAUUCGCUUUCAUAAGUCUGUUCACAAGUCCCGUUGCCUGGUUAAUCUUCAUUGUCUUCACAAUUCUCUCGAUCUUGUCCCAUAUUCAUUGCUCACACUCUCAUUUUUGCUGUCAACAUUCCCAACUUCUUCCUUAUCCUCCCAUCCAUUUCAUUGGAUAUACAUUUUUUAAAUCCUCUGAUCAUCACUUCUGGAGAGAUCUGUUGUCAUGAUCUUGAUCCACUGGCAUCUUUAUUGUCCCCUUGGUGUCAGAACUUGGUCCCCUACCAAGAGCCAUUCAGGAUAUUGUUCUUGCAUAUGAUUAUUAUAAGGCUUAUUGACUAGCAUGUGUAGUUAUGAAGUCAUCCUUCCAGUUAUGACCACAAGGUCAGUGUCUGACAGCCAGUGUUAAAUGACCUUCAGAUGCAUCUAGCACAAGCAUCCCUUAUUUUCUCAACAGUAUUCUUGGUCUUGUGUUCCAGACAAUUUGUGAGCAGUCCCCAAUCCGUUGUUUUGGUUGUCCUUCCUCUACUUAGAAGUAUGAUCAUUAGCCCCUCAGAAAGCUGUUUUUUUUUCCUUUCUUAAUUUGCUUAGUGGGGGGGUGGGGGGUGGAGUCCAGCUGGGUCCACUUGGCAUGGCAGCCACUGAAUGGCUUAUUGUAUCUGCCCUGGGUGAUUGAUAGACUAAUUGAAAUUGGAAGGUGCUAUGGCAUGGAAAUGAAUGUGGAGAAAACAAAAGUAAUGAAAAUU